AUGAGUGGCUCCUUCAAACGCACUUCACUAAAGGGCUCGGCAUCUGGAUCUCAAAAGGCAAGUUAUGACCUGUCUUUCAAGAGAAAGAAUCACUUAUCACUGUUUGCUAAAAUUUUCCUUGAUUUAUAUGAAAGCAUGACUUAUACUGAUGUGCUGAACCUGCCAAGAGAGGCUCAAGGUCAAAAGGCUUGGAUAGAGAAGACCUUUUCAAAAAGAGAAUGCAUCUACAUAAUUGCCAACAACAAAGAUGUUAACAGGUGCUGCUGUGGCCAGCUUAUUAGUCAACAUAUUCCAAUUCCUCCAAGUACAGCAGCUAACAAAAAUGGAGAGGAAACAAAGCAAUUGGAACCUCAGCCAGAAAAAUGGUCCGUCAGUAAACACACCCAAACAUGUCCAACAGAUGCCUAUGGAAAUCUUGAGUUCCAGGGAGGUGGACAUUCAAAUAAGGCCAUGUAUAUACGUGUGUCGUAUGACACCAAACCAGAUUCUCUGCUUCAUCUCAUGGUGAAAGACUGGCAACUGGAACUUCCCAAGCUUUUAAUCUCUGUCCAUGGGGGCCUCCAGAAUUUUGAAUUGCAACCUAAAUUGAAACAAGUAUUUGGGAAAGGCCUGAUCAAGGCUGCCAUGACAACAGGAGCCUGGAUUUUCACUGGAGGAGUUAGUACUGGAGUAAUUCGCCAUGUGGGAGAUGCCUUGAAAGAUCAUUCUUCCAAGUCCAGAGGACGAAUCUGUGCCAUAGGAAUUGCACCAUGGGGCAUUGUGGAAAAUAAGGAGGAUCUGAUUGGGAAAGAUGUGUCAAGAGUUUACCAAACAAUGUCAAACCCUCUAAGUAAGCUCUGUGUGCUCAACAGUUCUCAUACACACUUCAUCUUAGCGGACAACGGCACACUUGGUAAAUACGGAGCUGAAGUUAAGUUGCGACGUCAACUGGAAAAACACAUCUCCCUUCAGAAAAUUAACACACGACUGGGACAAGGUGUGCCAGUGGUUGGGCUCAUAGUUGAAGGGGGUCCCAAUGUGAUCUCUAUCGUCCUGGAAUGUCUGCGAGAAGAGCCCCCUCUCCCUGUUGUUAUCUGUGAUGGCAGUGGACGAGCAUCUGACAUUCUGUCUUUUGCACACAAAUAUUCUGAAGAAGGGGGGAUAAUAAGUGAAUCCCUCAGGGACCAGCUUCUAGUUACCAUUCAAAAAACCUUCAACUACAACCGGAACCAAGCCCAUCAGCUGUUUGUCAUUCUCAUGGAGUGUAUGAAAAAGAAGGAACUUAUAACUGUGUUCCGUAUGGGUUCUGAGGGGCAACAGGACAUUGAGAUGUCUAUUUUAACUGCUCUACUUAAAGGUACCAACGCAUCUGCACCAGAUCAGCUGAGCUUGGCAUUGGCCUGGAACCGUGUGGACAUUGCACGUAGCCAAAUCUUUGUCUUUGGACAUCACUGGCCGCCUUUAGGAAGCCUUACAGUGACUGAUGGCACAGCACCUGAGAAGGAAAAGAAAUCUCCAGCACCUCAAACUAAAGCAGCCAGAGGGAAAGGAAAAGGGAAAAAAAAGGGAGGGAAAAUGAAAGAAGAGCCGGAAGAAGAAACAGAUCCACGGAAGCUUGAACUACUAAACUGGGUGAAUUCCCUGGAGCAGGCUAUGCUGGAUGCCCUGGUACUGGAUCGAGUUGAUUUUGUGAAACUCUUGAUUGAAAAUGGAGUGAACAUGCAACGCUUCCUCACUAUUCCUCGACUAGAAGAGCUUUAUAAUACUAGAUUGGGUCCACCAAAUACACUGCAUUUGCUAGUCAGGGAUGUGAAAAAGGGAAAUCUUCCACCCGAUUAUCAUAUCAGCCUGAUAGAUAUUGGUCUUGUACUUGAAUACCUCAUGGGUGGAGCUUAUCGCUGCAACUAUACUCGAAAAAGUUUUCGGACCCUUUACAAUAAUUUAUUUGGACCAAAGAGGCCAAAAGCUCUUAAACUUUUAGGAAUGGAGGAUGAUGAGCCUCCAACCAAAGGGAAAAAGAAGAAGAAAAAGAAAAAGGAGGAAGAGAUAGAUAUCGAUGUGGAUGACCCAGAAGUCAGCCGCUUUCAGUACCCAUUUCAUGAACUCAUGGUAUGGGCAGUGCUGAUGAAACGGCAGAAGAUGGCACUCUUUCUUUGGCAGCGAGGGGAGGAGACCAUGGCCAAAGCACUUGUGGCAUGUAAACUGUACAAAUCCAUGGCCCAUGAGUCUUCAGAGAGUGAACUGGUGGAUGACAUCUCUCAGGAUUUGGACAACAACUCAAAAGAUUUUGGCCAGCUGGCUGUUGAGUUGUUAGAUCAAUCCUAUAAACAUGAUGAACAGGUUGCCAUGAAAUUACUGACCUAUGAACUGAAAAAUUGGAGUAACUCCACCUGCCUAAAACUUGCUGUGGCAGCUAAACACAGGGACUUCAUAGCUCACACCUGCAGCCAGAUGUUAUUAACAGACAUGUGGAUGGGGCGGCUACGCAUGCGGAAAAACCCAGGCCUUAAGGUUAUAAUGGGGAUUCUCUUCCCACCCACCAUCCUAUUCCUAGAGUUUCGCACUUCUGAUGAUUUUUCCUAUCAGACAUCCAGAGAAAAUGAAGAUGGGAAAGAAAAAGAGGAGGAAAAUGUGGAUGCAAAUGCUGAUACGGGCUCCCGAAAAGGAGAUGAAGAGAAUGGAAACAAAAAGCAACGGAGCCUUCCUAUUGGAAAAAAGAUCUAUGAAUUCUAUAAUGCACCUAUUGUAAAGUUCUGGUUUUACACGAUAUCAUACCUGGGUUACUUAAUGCUGUUCAAUUAUAUAAUCUUGGUGCGGAUGGACCGCUGGCCCUCGCUCCAGGAAUGGAUUGUCAUCUCCUAUAUUGUGACUCUGGCUUUAGAGAAAGUAAGAGAGAUUCUGAUGUCGGAGCCAGGCAAGCUGAGCCAGAAAAUAAAAGUCUGGCUGCAGGAAUACUGGAAUAUCACUGAUAUGGUGGCUAUUUCAAUAUUUAUAAUUGGAGCAAUUCUUCGCCUACAGAACCAGCCUUACAUGGGUUAUGGAAGAGUAAUCUACUGUGUGGAUAUCAUUUUCUGGUACAUUCGAGUACUGGAUAUCUUUGGUGUGAACAAGUAUUUGGGACCCUAUGUCAUGAUGAUUGGAAAAAUGAUGAUUGACAUGCUGUACUUUGUGGUCAUCAUGCUUGUGGUUCUGAUGAGUUUUGGAGUAGCCCGCCAAGCUAUCCUGCACCCAGAUGAGGAGCCCUCUUGGAGACUAGCCCGCAACAUCUUCUAUAUGCCGUACUGGAUGAUCUAUGGAGAGGUGUUUGCAGACCAGAUAGACCUCUAUGCCAUGGAAAUCAAUCCUCCUUGUGGGGAUAAUCUUUAUGAUGAGGAUGGUAAACGUCUCCCUCCAUGCAUACCUGGGGCCUGGCUCACUCCUGCUAUCAUGGCUUGUUACCUUCUGGUAGCAAACAUUCUACUGGUAAAUCUGCUGAUUGCUGUCUUCAACAAUACCUUCUUUGAAGUGAAGUCCAUAUCCAACCAAGUUUGGAAAUUCCAGCGAUAUCAGCUGAUCAUGACAUUCCACGACAGACCUGUCCUACCUCCACCUAUGAUCAUCUUCAGCCACCUCUACAUAAUCAUCAUCCGCCUUUGCUGUCGCUGUAGGAAGAAACAAGAAGGAGACCAGGAUGAGCGUGACCGGGGACUGAAAUUGUUUCUGAAUGAUGAAGAGCUGAAGAAAUUGUAUGAAUUUGAAGAGCAAUGUGUUGAGGAAUAUUUUCAGGAAAAGGAGGAUGAACAACAAUCAUCUAAUGACGAACGUAUCAGAGUCACAUCUGAAAGAGUGGAAAACAUGUCUAUGAGGUUAGAAGAAGUGAAUGAAAGAGAACAUUUUAUGAAAGCUUCUCUUCAGACAGUUGACCUUCGACUUUCUCAACUGGAGGAGCUAUCUGGUCGGAUGGUGAAUGCCCUUGAAAAGCUGGUGGGUAUUGACAAAUCCGAGCUGACGCAUACACACUCACGAGCUUCUUCUGAAUGUGAUGCCGCUUACCUCCUGAGGCAAAGCAGUGUCAACAGCUCUGAUGGCUACAGCAUGUACAGAUAUCAUGUCAGUGGUGAUGAGUUAACAUUUGAUGAUAGCACCACCCCGAUGUCACCAGCCAUGGGCUUGCGCAAAAAAGCCUAUUAUUUUGGUACGAAAGAAGAAAAAGAUGGUGCAGACUCAAAGAUGCAGCUGGUUCCAGAACGUCAGGGUAGUCUUCGCUAUAUCUCCAGUGCUAAUACAGUUGCCACUACAGAUUACAAUAAAUCUACAUUAGAAAUUGCACAGAAUGUCACUAGACAUUCAGACGUUUCAGUUUCAUCUGAUGACAAGCAAGGGAUUUCCAAGAGUGAUGAAACAAUUCCCCAAAGCAUAAAGCAAACAGAUAUUGUUAUGAAUGGACAGUCAGUCACAAGACCAGAUUUUCAGAACACUCAUUUAACAGUAGAAAGGACCAAGUUAGAAGCUACUAUCUCUUAUCCCUUGGACAAGUCUAAGGCAAUGCGCUAUUACCCUGCUGAAGCUUUCAAUGCUUGUCAAACAACCAUGCUAAAGUCAAGGAGCUUUAUAUUUGCACAUGGAGGGAAGCUGGUUGGAGGGGUCAACAACUGGACCACAGACUAUAACACCAUAAUGGAUCAAGUGUGCCCUUCCACAGUUGAACAGUGGACUAGUGAGUGGAAAUACCAGGUUGAACAGAAACUUUCUAAUGAACCUAGUCCAGAAUAUCCUGGUGAGUCUGAAGCAGAAAGGCAAGCAGAGCAGAAACAGUUACUGACAGAUACAGAAGAUGACAGUGAUGUUGGCGAAGCAGGUGUCAGUGCCUCUCAUACUUCUACACCUGUCACCGACAGGACUGAGACAGAAAACUUACUGUCAGUGAAGCCAGACAGGACUGAUAGAUUCCCAUCUGUACGAUCAAAGAGUUUACACAGCCAUUCUCGGAAAGCCAAGUCCAUUAAGGACAAAUUAAAUAGACCAGGACACGCCAGCAGUGUAACUAAUCUAGUGGUGGCCUGUGGCAGUGCAACAGAAGAAAAAAAAGCUAAGCAAGAAAACACUUCCACGGAAACUGAGUGCUAA